CUUCUACAUUUUUUUUUAGCCACAACAGCUUCAAUAAACUUAUAUAGAAAUAUCAUGGUAACUUAUGGAGGAGAUGAAGUGAACGCUUUAGUACUUGAUGUUGGAUCCAGCAACGUACGUGCAGGUUACGCAGGGGAAGACACACCAAAAGCCAUGUUUCCUUCUUCAAUAGGUUAUAUUCCUACGACUUUGAACAAUGGUGAUAACAACACAGACGUAGAAAUGACCGAUGCCAAUCAACCAACAACAAAAGCUGAAAAAUACUCUCAAUACUAUAUUGGUGAUAACAGAAUCAACACUCCUCGCAAGAAUAUGGAGAUCAUAAAUCCUAUUGAAGAUGGUUUAAUAAAGGACUGGGAUGCUAUGGAAGCCAUAUGGGACUGGACCUUCAAUACUGUAUUACGCGUUAAUCCUCAAGAACAUCCUUUACUAUACACAGAACCAGCUUGGAAUACAACGGAAAGUAGAGAAAAACUUGCAGAACUGGCAUUUGAAAAAUUCGAUUUCCCUGCUUUCUACCUUGCAAAAGACGCUGUGAUGACCGCAUUUUCUGUAGGACGAGCAACAGCACUUGUAUUGGAUUCAGGUGCGGGUGUUACUAGUGCUGUACCUGUAUAUGAUGGUUACGUUCUCAAGAAGGGAAUUCUUCGUAGUCCGAUUGCAGGCGAUCUACUCACACGUCAAAUUUUGGAUCAAUUGGAACAAGAUCUUCAUUUCAAGGUGACUCCUUCUUAUGAAGUUGCAAGCAAGAAACCCGUAGAAGCUGGACAACCUGCCGAUGCGAAAUUACGGUCAGAUUUGGAAGUAACAUCUUCUUUCCGUGAUUUCCAAGUAGCUAGAACCAUUUUGGAAUAUAAGGAAUCCGUAUGCCAAGUAUCUGAAAUGACGUUUGAUGAAGGGAUUAUGGCUUCUCGUCCUCAAAAGCCAUUCGAAUUCCCUGAUGGAUAUAAUAACUCAUUUGGUGCAAGCAGAUAUAGACUUCCUGAACUCUUAUACCAACCCAAGGAAUUCUUGAAUGUGCCAAAUCAUGCUUCAGAAAGUUUAGAUACAGUGAUCCCAAAACUAGGAAUGACUCAACAACAAAUCAAUGAUAGUUUAGGAAUGCAUCAAAUGGUUUAUCAAAGUAUUUCCAAUUGUGACAUCGAUUUGCGUCCAUUACUUUUCAACAAUAUUGUGGUGACGGGUGGUAAUUCUUUACUUCCUGGUUUCAAUGAACGUUUGAAUUAUGAAUUACCAAUGAUGGCUCCAGGAAGCAAAAUCAAACUUCAUGCUGCUGGUAAUCAAAUAGAACGAAAAUGUAGCAGUUGGCUGGGUGGAUCUAUUCUAGCGUCUCUAGGUACCUUCCAUCAACUUUGGAUUUCCAAGAAAGAAUAUGAAGAAGUUGGUCCUUCCAUUAUCGAAACGAAAUGUCAAUAGGUUAUAGUAUAGUAUUUAUCUUUUUUUUUUUAUUUUCUAUUAUUAUUGUUAUUGUUGUUUGCUCAUAUAAAUAAAAAAUCAAUCUAUUAUAAAG